AUAUAUCGGUGGUUUUCUUGGAUCAGAUUUGGAUAUAUAUAUAAAAGAAAUGGAAACGUUAAAUAAACUGAAACAAUUUGACGCUUAUCCUAAAACUCUGGAGGAUUUCAGAGUGAAGACUUGGGGAGGAGCGACUGUGACCCUCAUCAGCGGCGUCAUCAUGUUAAUCCUGUUUGUCUCGGAGCUGCAGUACUAUCUCACUAAAGAGGUUCACCCGGAGCUUUAUGUCGACACGUCGCGAGGAGACAAACUGAAAAUCAACAUUGACAUCAUUUUCCCUCACAUGCCCUGUGCCUAUCUCAGUAUAGAUGCGAUGGACGUGGCCGGCGAGCAGCAGUUGGACGUUGAACACAAUCUGUUCAAACAGCGGCUGGACAAAGAUCUCAAAACCGUCACCAACGAGGCGGAGAAACACGAACUCGGUAAGGCUGACGAUGGUGAAACGUUUGAUCCCAGUACUUUGGACCCAAAUAGAUGUGAGAGCUGCUACGGUGCUGAGACUGAAGAUCUCAAAUGCUGUAACACCUGCGAUGACGUGCGGGAGGCGUACAGGCGGCGAGGCUGGGCAUUCAAGAGCGCCGACACCAUCGAGCAGUGUAAGAGGGAAGGCUUCACUCAAAAGAUGCAGGAGCAGAAGAACGAAGGCUGCCAGGUUUACGGCUUCCUCGAGGUCAACAAGGUGGCAGGAAAUUUCCACUUCGCUCCAGGAAAAAGUUUCCAGCAGUCUCACGUCCACGUGCACGCUGUGGAAAUUCACGACCUGCAGAGCUUUGGCUUGGACAACAUAAACAUGACCCAUUUGAUAAAACACCUGUCGUUCGGUAAAGACUACCCCGGCAUCGUGAACCCUCUGGACGGGACCGACGUCACAGCACCUCAAGCUUCAAUGAUGUACCAGUAUUUUGUGAAAAUCGUUCCCACCAUCUACAUGAAAACUGACGGAGAGGUGGUAAAAUCCAACCAGUUCUCAGUCACCAGGCAUGAAAAGGUUGCUAACGGGUUAAUAGGAGACCAGGGACUGCCGGGCGUCUUUGUUUUAUAUGAACUUUCACCGAUGAUGGUGAAAUUCACAGAGAAACACAGAUCAUUCACACACUUCCUAACAGGUGUGUGUGCCAUCAUCGGCGGCGUAUUUACAGUGGCGGGUUUGAUCGACUCGCUCAUCUACCAUUCAGCUCGUGCCAUCCAGAAGAAGAUAGAGCUGGGCAAGGCCUCUUAACAGCGCCCCCUGCUGGCCUCCACGGUGCAACACAGACCAAGACACGGACACGGACGCAGGAAGACGAGGGAAGGACGGGCAGAGGGGUUUGGAAGUUUGGAAAACAGAAGCGGGCGAGUUUCGCUCCCUCCAUCUUUCUGUCUCGUGUCAGAUUGAGCGAGAGAGAAAUACAGAGAGAGAGAAAGAGAGGUUUUAAAAUCAGCCAAGUUUUAAAGUCCUCUGUCUCUCUUUUUCAUCUGGAAAAAGGAACUGGAGAGGAACUUCUGGGACGCUUUUUGAAUUUUUCCUCUCCACUGUUAAAUUCUAUGCCAACGGGAGUGAGAAUCAAACUUUUUACGAUUGAACUCGAGCGGAGAGGAGAGGAGAGGAGAGGAGAGGACGCCUCAUCGAUGCAAACCCAGCCUCCAGGAUUCUUCUUCAUGGAAAAAGGGAACUCCCUUCCCUCCAUCCUGUUUACGUCCUGCUUCAGCGCCGGUCGACACUCAGCUCACUCUUUUAUUAGAGGAUCUGCGGUCGAGCCCUUUUGUCUUGAGGAGUGAGGAGGAGAUGGCAUGGAGACUCUUUAAAGGAAUCCUUCACCCAAAAUGUUUUUUUUUCUCCCCUCCCUUAUCAGUUACAUAUCCGUUUAUCCUUGACUGAUGGAUGAGAACAAGUUGGCGCCUAACAUUUCUUUACGCUGAAUCACAGAAGGCACAAAUGUUUUCUCACGAGCACAAGAUUUAGAUUUUGUGAUCUAACUGUCACAAAUUUAUUUAGGUCACAUCAUGAUUAUUGUACAUUUAAAGGGGAUAUAGCUUAUAUUUUUCUUACUGUCAACAAGUCCCACGAAAAGACCAAAACUGAUAAUGAAUUGACUUAAUAACAAGUAUUGUAUGUGUGUGUGUGUGUCUGAGUGAGUGUGUGUCCAAAACUUGAUCAUAUGUGAUUCCUGUGUGUGCCAUAUAUAUAUAUAUAUAGCUCCAAUGUUUUCCAAAAAAAACUAUUAAAAACUCAUCAAU